GCAUUCAUCCCUUUCAGACUCAGCUUGAAACCACCACCACAGCCAUCACCUGGUAAGAAGAGUCCACCUUGCCUGAGUUCAUCGGCAUGGCGUACCGAGUGCUGGAGGUCACGCUCCUGUCAGCCAAGGACCUCAAGAGCGUGAACCUCAUCACGCGCAUGGAGGUCUACGCGGUGGCGACCAUCUCCGGCGACCCGAUCACGCGCCAGUGCACCCCUCCGGACCCCCACGGCGGCCGCAACCCGACGUGGAACGCGACGCUCCAGUUCGCCGUGCCGCCCACCGCCCAGGAGGCCACGGGCGGCUGCCUCCACAUCCUCCUCCGCGUCGAGCGCAUCUUCGGCGGCGACCGCGACGUCGGCGAGGUCAUCGUGCCCCUGUCGGAGAUCCUCUCCGGCGUCGGGCACGGCGCCGACUACGGGGCCCACAGCAUGCCGCAGUUCGCGUCCUACCAGAUCCGCAAGGUGCACCGCACCGAGGUGCGCGGCCUGCUCUACCUCACGUAUCGUCUCGGCCCCAUCGUCCUGCCGGAGCCCCAUCUGGAGGUACCCGUCGACGAGUGGCCGGUCGUGGCGUACCCGGCGAAGCAGGUGAUGCCGCCGCCGCCGCCGCCACCGCAGGCUGCCUGGCCCGGGUAUGUGGCCGCGGCACCGCCGGCAAAACCACCAGCCGGCUACGUGGCUGCGGCACCGCCGGCAAAACCACCUGCCGGCUACGUGGCUGUCGCGCCUCCACCUGAAAAACCGGCCGGCUACAUGGAUGUGCCGUUUUCGCCGGAGAAAGCACCCGGGCACACGGCCUGGCAUUCGCCUCCGAGACAACCAGUGCACUCGGCCGUGCCACCGUCUCCAGAACCUUACUGGUACGGGACAGAGCCGUCGCCUGCGAAGCAAGAAAGGCAUGUCGCCGUGCCGCCGCCUCCCAAACCUUCUGGAUACGGGACCGCGCCAUCGCCUGCAAAGCAAGAAGGACAUGUUGCCAUGCCGCCGUCACCGAAACCUUCUGGGUACGGGACCGCGCCACCGCCUGCAAGGCAAGGAGGGCAUGUCGCCGUGCCGCCGUCGCCAAAGGCAGCCGGACAUGGCGCUGCGCCGCCGUCUCCGAAACCAUCCGGUCAGGUGGUGUCCAUGCCGCCAUCUCCAAAACCAGUCGGGCGUGUGGUGUCUAUGCCACCGUCUACUCCGAAACCAUCCGGUCAGGUGGUGUCCAUGCCGGCGUCUCCAAAACCAGUGGAACGUGCGGUGUCCAUGUCGCCGUCUCCGAAACCGGUCGAACGUGCGGUGUCCAUGCCGCCGUCUCAGAAACCGGCCGGGCAUGUCGUCUCCACGCCGCCGUCUCCAAAACCGGUCGAGCGCGUGGUGUCCAUGCCGCCGUCUCAGAGACCGGACGGGCAUGCGGUGUCCAUGCCGCCGACACCAAAACCGGUCGAUCGUGUGGUGUCCAUGCCGCCGCCGCCUCAGAAACCGUCCGGGCAUGUCGUGUCCAUGCCGCCGCCGAAGCCAGUUGAACGUGUGGUGUCCAUGCCGCCGUCUCAGAAACCGGCCGGAAAUGUGGUGUCCAUGCCGCCGCCGCCGCCGAAACCAGUUGAACGUGUGGUGUCCAUGCCGCCGUCUCAGAAACCGGCAGGAAAUGUGGUGUCCAUGCCGCCGCCGCCGCCGAAACCAGUGGAACGUGUGGUAUCCAUGCCGCCGUCUCAGAAACCGGCCGGAAAUGUGGUGUCCAUGCCGCCGCCGAAACCAGUGGAACGUGUGGUGUCCAUGCCGCCGUCUCAGAAACCGGCCGGAAAUGUGGUGUCCAUGCCGCCGCCGCCGCCGAAACCAGUGGAACGUGUGGUGUCCAUGCCGCCGUCUCAGAAACCGGCCGGAAAUGUGGUGUCCAUGCCGCCGCCGCCGCCGCCGAAACCAGUGGAACGUGCGGUGUCCAUGCCGCCGUCUCAGAAAUCGGCCGGAAAUGUGGUGUCCAUGCCGCCGUCUCCAAAGCCAACCGAGCAGCAUGUGUCCUUGCCGGCGUCGGCAAAACCAGCAGCACAAAUGACCCCGCCACCGUCUCCGAAACCUUCCGGGUACGAGGCCGUGCCUUCUCCGAAACCAGCUCCACAUGUGUCCGUGCCGCCGUCCCCGAAACCAUCGGGUCAUUACACAGUGCCGCUGUCUCCAACACCCGCCGGACAUGUCGCCACCAUGCCGUCGUCGUCUCCGAAACCAUCUGUUCAUGCGGUGCCGCCAUCUCCAAAGACAGGCACGCAUGUCACCGUGCCGCCGUCGCCAAAGCCAGCCGGCGGAUAUGUGUCCGUGCCGCCGUCGCCAAAGCCAGCCGGCGGACAUGUGUCCGUGCCGCCGUCUCCAAUGCCGCCGUCGCCAGCACCAUACGGCCAGGUGGUGUCCAUGCCGCCUGCUCCAAAACCAGCCGCCCAUGUCCAUGUGGCCGUGCCGCCGCCUCCAAAACCAGUCAACUUGCCGGCAGAUCACAACCCCAGCAUGGAGUUCGGGUGGGGGCUGGGCGCCGGCCUGGUCAGCGGCGCAAUCAGCGGGAUGCUGGCCGGCGGCAACAAAGGAGAAACGACGGCGGGGUAUGCACCACAAGUCGUUCCACUUGCCCGCAGCCGUCAAGUGUCUGUGUCCAAGACGUACGGCAGAGAUGUUUACACGCACUAAUAGCUAAUAAGAUCCAAAAUUAACUUGAUAUACGAGUGUAUAAACACUUGUAUGAUGUACUAGUAAAGAGUGCCGGUUUGGCAUGAGUGGGUUUGUAGCUAGUUAUGCUAUAAAUUAAGACAUGGGCACGACAAUGUAUACUUUGUAAUUUGGAAUAAUUAAGCUUUUAUGUUCCUUAUUAAA